CUUUGCGGCUGUCAACUUUCCCCGUGGUUUGAGUUCGUAGCUACCCGUGUUGGGUGGCGCUUGCGACGGCGGCCGGCGGAGAAAUGAAGCAAAAGCGGAAAGGAGAUCUCAGCCCUGCUGAGCUGAUGAUGCUGACUAUAGGAGAUGUUAUUAAACAACUGAUUGAAGCCCAUGAACAGGGGAAAGACAUUGAUCUGAAUAAGGUGAAAACCAAGACAGCUGCCAAAUAUGGCCUUUCAGCACAGCCCCGCCUGGUGGACAUCAUUGCUGCAGUCCCUCCUCAGUACCGAAAAAUCUUAGUCCCCAAAUUGAAGGCAAAACCCAUCAGGACUGCCAGUGGGAUUGCUGUCGUGGCUGUGAUGUGUAAACCCCACCGAUGCCCACACAUCAGUUUUACAGGAAAUAUAUGUGUAUAUUGCCCUGGUGGACCUGAUUCAGAUUUUGAGUAUUCAACCCAGUCUUACACUGGAUAUGAGCCAACCUCCAUGCGAGCUAUCCGUGCUAGAUAUGACCCUUAUCUCCAGACAAGACACCGAAUAGAGCAGUUGAAACAACUUGGGCACAGUGUGGAUAAAGUGGAGUUUAUUGUGAUGGGUGGAACGUUUAUGGCCCUUCCAGAAGAAUACAGAGAUUAUUUUAUUCGAAAUUUACAUGAUGCCUUAUCAGGACAUACCUCCAACAAUAUUUACGAGGCAGUCAAGUAUUCUGAGAGAAGCCUUACAAAGUGUAUUGGAAUUACUAUUGAGACCAGACCAGAUUAUUGCAUGAAGCGACACUUAAGUGACAUGUUGACCUAUGGCUGCACGAGGCUGGAGAUUGGGGUACAGAGUGUCUAUGAAGAUGUGGCUAGAGACACCAACAGGGGCCACACUGUGAAGGCAGUAUGUGAGUCAUUUCACCUGGCCAAGGAUUCUGGUUUCAAAGUUGUGGCUCAUAUGAUGCCCGAUCUGCCAAAUGUGGGACUAGAAAGAGACAUUGAACAGUUUACAGAGUUUUUUGAGAACCCUGCUUUUCGCCCUGAUGGCUUGAAACUCUACCCUACGCUGGUGAUUCGCGGAACUGGGCUUUAUGAGCUUUGGCAAUCAGGAAGAUACAAGAGUUACUCUCCUAGUGACCUGAUAGAGUUGGUGGCUCGGAUCUUAGCCCUGGUGCCUCCGUGGACUAGAGUGUACCGAGUACAGAGAGAUAUUCCGAUGCCCUUAGUCAGCUCAGGAGUAGAGCAUGGCAAUUUGAGAGAGCUGGCGUUUGCAAGAAUGAAAGACCUUGGAAUACAGUGUCGAGAUGUGAGAACCAGAGAGGUUGGAAUCCAAGAAAUUCAUCACAAAGUACGGCCAUACCAGGUUGAAUUGGUGAGGAGAGAUUAUGUUGCAAACGGUGGCUGGGAAACAUUCUUAUCAUAUGAAGACCCAGAUCAGGACAUUUUGAUUGGCCUGCUACGAUUACGAAAAUGUUCAGAGGAAACCUUCCGUUUUGAAUUGGGUGGAGGUGUUUCCAUAGUCCGAGAGCUGCACGUGUAUGGGAGUGUAGUCCCUGUGAGCAGCCGGGAUCCGACGAAAUUUCAGCAUCAGGGAUUUGGCAUGCUGCUGAUGGAGGAAGCAGAAAGAAUAGCUCGAGAAGAACAUGGAUCUGGGAAAAUAGCUGUCAUAUCAGGGGUUGGCACCAGGAAUUAUUAUCGGAAGAUUGGCUACAGAUUACAAGGCCCGUACAUGGUAAAGAUGCUGAAAUAACGGCCAUGCCAGACCACCUUUGUGCAGUGUCCUCCCUGGCAGAAGACAAAGAACCAAGGUUUCGUGGAUACGCAGCAGAGAGGCCGAGCAGACGGAGCUCCCCUGUCCCCUGGCGCGGAGCCUUACCCUAGUCCUGCAGCUGCAAGGACUGGAAGUGGCCUUCAAGGGCAGGGCCACACAGCUGCUGCCUGGGCCUGUGUGUGCAGGAGGCCCCCUCAGUUUUUGAUGUAAAUCAUUUCUCCAGGUUCUGACUCCUGCAUGAGGCCUACAGGUGACCUAUUCUGGCUCACAGUGACCAAAGCAAAUUAAUCAGUGUCCUUUGGACAUCAUAACUUGUAAAAUAAAACUUGUGAUUAUCAUUUGAGGAACAAACUUAGAAGUGGGUUAUUUCUAUACUCCAGGGACUAAAAGCCAGGUUGGAACACAUGACCUCUGUCAGACGUCCAUCUUGGGCCUUUAACUACAAAUGCCUUCAUGCCCAAGUUGAGAAAAGGAACUUCUGUUUUCAUGGACGUCGUCUCGGUUACUGUGCUGACAUUAUGCAGCGACAGCGCGCUGUGGGUGAGCUGGCCGGUCCCCAGCCGCCUGCCUUACCCAUUCAGCAGUCUGCCAUCCAAACCGGGCCGUGACAAAGAGCCUUUUGUUCCCCCAUUUGUUACUGUCUGCACUUCCCACAUUCUUGACACCUGGGGCACAGUGUGGGCAGCUCCCAGUGUUUGGUUUCCUGUUCCCCGGUGCCAGCAGGGAGGGUCUGACACGCACACCCAGAGGCCAGGGGCCUGAGUCAGUGCUUGCUAUUAUAGUCAGGCUAUUCCCUGCUUUGUGAUGCUUUAAGGUGGGUUUUGGUUUCUGUUACAUAAAGAAAGAUAGGAGUUCAAUUCAUACAUGAAAACAGGAACAUAGAAAACAUGCCCAACUCUAAAAAUAGCAAAAAGAUUGUUUUGUUUUCUUUCCGGAAGUUUGUCGUGUCUCUCUCAAACACUUAUGGAAUCUGUUACGGAGACUGGGCUAGAGAAGGUCAGUUCCUAAGUUAAGAGCAUGGCUUAACCCCCGGCCCUGCUUCUGUGCCAUUUCCAAAGCUUCGUUUAAUGCAAUGGAUUCUUCCAAAUGCGUGUGAAAAUAAAAAGGCCUUAACAGAC